AUGAGGAUCCCGCUCUUCAAACGCCUGGUCAUCGCCGCCUUCAACGUCUUCUUCCCGCCGUUGGCCGUCCUCCUGAUCACGGGGCCAAAUGAAGACUUCAUCUUCAACUGCGUCAUGUUCCUCCUGGCCGUGAUACCGUCCCACAUCCACGGCUUCUACAUCUCGCUCACCUACUUCCACCGGAAGCGCAAGAUCCGCAACGGCGUCUACCCUGGCAAGCCCAGGUCUCUCAUCUGGAGCGAGCGCGUGAACAACGGCGGCGCGAGCUGGAAGGAAGUGGAGAGGCUGAGACGACAGAAAGAAGACGGCCGCUUGAGCAGGAGGAUCACCCGCAAAAUCACAGGCCAGGCCGCCGCCGCCGAAAGAAGUCGGAGCCGGAGAAUGGUCCAGGAAUGGGACGACGGGCACAAAGAGCAGGAGUAUUGA